AAUUAAGGAGGCACGAACACAUCUCUGGAUCUCACUUUUUUCUCGGAGGAGGGUACUACACCACAAUUCGUUCUUUUCUGUGUGAUCACUCAGUUUUUUACCAAUAUGAACAUCCGAUGUGCAACACCAGACGAUCUAAUGAAUAUGCAGCACUGUAAUUUGCUAUGCCUUCCAGAAAAUUAUCAAAUGAAAUACUAUUUGUACCACGGACUGUCCUGGCCCCAACUUUCAUAUGUUGCAGAAGAUCAAAACGGGAAAAUUGUUGGCUAUGUCCUUGCAAAGAUGGAAGAAGAGUCAGAUGAAAUCAUACAUGGUCACAUCACUUCUUUAGCUGUUAAGCGAUCUCACAGAAGACUUGGACUUGCUAGGAAACUGAUGGAGCAAGCAGCGAGAGCAAUGGUUGAAAAUUUUGGCGCAAAAUACGUCUCCUUGCACGUGCGCAAAAGCAACAGGGCAGCAUUGAAGUUAUACAAGGCCUCUUUGAAAUUUGACAUUCAUGAGAUCGAGCCAAAAUAUUAUGCUGAUGGUGAAGAUGCUUAUGCUAUGAGACGAGAUCUGACAAGUUUAUCCAUGGAAGAAAAGGAGGCUGAUGCACCAGAAAUCGAUGAAUCAAAAUUAGAAGACAAAAACUGUAAAGAAAAUUUAAUAGAUAAAGUUGAAGACUUGCAAUUAAAAUAAAGCAUGUGAACUAUUUUAUCCUGAACUUUUCUACAAGUUAGAUUAUAUAAGCAAGAUAUUCCAUGAUGUUUCCCAGUAGAUUGAAGCAUCUCCUGCCUUAUGCAUUAUGAUAUACACCCACAUGAUAUCCAAAUUUGACAUAGCUAUUGUUUCCACCUGAUGUCUGAUUAGAACAAGUCAACUCAGUGAAUUCAUAUUUAUUUCAUUUAUGCUGCUAGAACUGGCUUCCAUUGACCAGUUUGUAUCACGACCGACCAUGAUUGAUUUUUAGCUCUCCAAUAAUAAAAGUAGAAGUGGUCGUGCCUAAGUGACACUCACCUUACGAAAAGUUUCAUAGAGUAUACCAAAGCUUAAAGUGGUACCAGAAAUAUUUAUGGUAAAUGUUGCUGUUUAGUUUUUCUUGUCUUUCAAAAUAAGCUUUUUUCCUUGUCUUUCAAAAUAAGCUUUUUUCCUUUCUUGUUGGUGUAUUGAACAAGAUUGCAACCCUUUUCCAUUUCAUGUGUGAUAGGCUGCAGGGAAAACUGUUCCUUGGUAGAAUUAAUGAUUGGUUUUUUGCAUUGAUUUGAUACACCAAUGUUUCUAGAAUUUCAUUGCA